AUGCCGAGAGACAAAGAAACGGAAAAGCUCUCGGCAACAAAGAAGUCGGCUUCCGUCUCUGCAGCAAAGUACCGCACCAACGUCCUUAACAGGGCGAAUGACGAGCAGAAAGCAGCCGGAACUCCCAAGGUUGCUGUUUAUGACACGAGCGGUUCCAUCAGGCCUUCUCCCUCUAAACAAUCCCAACCCAAAAUCCAAAAAACUGGGGCGGGUAAUGUGAGUGCAUCCGGCAAUAGCAGGAAGCACGGUACUCACAAUCCCAGGAGAGGGGACGACUCUACUCUCAAAGCUGGCAGGGAGGUCAGCAAACCGGAUGCCACUCAGGCAUCGAAGGGUGGCUUUAAGCAACCCAGCACCGCUGUCGGCUCAGCUGGAGAGAAGAGGCGUCAUGGGAAGGAGGAGGAGGCUCAGCCGGACGCUCCUGUGCAAAGGCUGACCGUCGUCCAGAUGGCCAAGGAGAUGCUGCGAACGCUCGAUCCAGAAGACAAGGCAUCCGUAAGAGGAGUCGACACCCUUAACUUGGAUGCCAUCUUGGGGAACCUCUGUGAGGUGAAGAAGGACUUGGAUUCGGCCUGCUCCAAAAUCAAUGAACUUAAGGCCGAAGUCAAAGGCCUUAAGGAAAAGCUUGAGCCUCUUCAGGAGGCCAAGAAAAAGGCCGAGAGGGCCAAGGAGCGGGUUGGCCGUCUAGCGAACCAGCAGCAACAACUGAAGGCCAAGUUCCAGUCCCAGGCUGAGGAGGAGAAGCAUGCCCUUGUUAAACAAAUGAUGAAAGACUACGAUACCAUCAUGCGGAUGGCAUGGGAGGCGCUACAGCCGGGUGCUGAUUUUGGCAUCUGGAAAUCUAAGUUUGAUCAAGCAAACGAGGAUUUCAAUGCUGAACUCCUUCGCCAGGCUGAAGAGGAGGCGAACAAGGAUGACGCUGAUGGCGAUGAGGCCGACUCCUCUUCAGGCUCCUCUGGGGACGAAGACGGGGAAGAGGAGGAUGAUCAAAAUGAAGAGCAGCCGGCAACUGAUGAUGCGGCUGCCAAUGUUAAUAAUCCCUCUGCCCCUUAA